AUGGGACCACCUUUUGACAUGGGCCCUGUUUCCGAGAAACUUUUUACUGCCGGUAAUGAACUUCUUGAACGGAGGAGUCUGGAUUAUAAGGCCAUCGAUAGUAUCACGACCGGAUUUAGCCACGUGAAGACCUUUAUGAUGCCAAUUUUAGAAGUGACCUCUGAGGAAUAUGAUAAAAUGUUAAAUACAAUGACUAAGGAAUUAAGGGACUUCAACACUUAUCAACCUAUAAUUCGAGCUUAUGCGUGUAAGAAAAAAAGAACAGAUGAUUCGAAUUUAACUUAA